GUAGCGCAACUGGUCCCCAUGCUACAGAAGAAUCAUACCCUGCUCGAGCUCAAUCUCUGGAGCAACAACCUUGGAGCAGGAGGCGCCGCGAUCAUCGCCAUGGCUCUGAGCCACACCAGUGCGGGGCUGGUCGACCUGGACUUAGGAUGCAACAGCAUCGGCAACGAGGGACUGACGGCACUUGCGGAGGUGAAGAGGAAGAAACAGGGAGAGGGGGGGAGCAAACAGAGGUGGAAUGAAAUCGACGACGAGGGCGUCCUGCAUGCUGGGCGGACGCUUGCGGGAACUUCUUGUCUUAAGGAGAUGAAUUUGUUCGGGAACAAACUCAGCUCCGAUGGGAAGGCACAAGCUGAACUACAACGACAAGUACCAUCCAUCAAAGUCAUGAAGUAACAACUGAGUCAGACCGGCCGCUUUCAUUCUUAUCAUCCCCUCCUACUCGAGCACAUCUAAAUCCUCCGCCAUCUCCAGACUCUUCAGAACCUCUUCCAUCAUCUCUGUCUUCAGCUUUCCCCACUCCUCGUACGUGUGAAUCUGGACCGCAGCAAGAAACAGUCUCUGUGAG